AUGCUCUACAGACUGGUUACGAGAUGCGUUUAUGACUACACUCUCAUACCCCCUACGUUGAGUAUCGCUGGCGAUCAGGCUCCAGACGCAUCGUAUGCCAACGGGUCCAGCACCGAUCUGUCCCGCUUCAACCUUCUCGACCCUACUAGCCGAGUGACGGCGGAGCAGAUUCAUGUCCUCUUGGCCGCCCACGGGGUCGGCUGGCGGGAUAUCGUGACGGACUACUUCCAGACCACACACAAGUGGCUUGCCCUGGUCCAGACUGAGUGCUUCGACAGCAAGCUCGAUGCACACUCCGCCGCCAUUUUCCAGGACGCCCCGGUCGUUCCCGCACCAGACGCCGCCGACUCUCCCUCUGGAUUGGCUCUGAGCGAUAGCGGCGUCGACAAGGCCGAUGCGGCGGAGCUGGCCACCGUCUUUGCCUGCAUGUACCUUUGCACGCAGUGGGCGGAAACCACGACUAACGUCUCCGGCGCCUCCACAUCCAUGCUAACAAAAGAUUUAUAUGUUGCCGUCAAGAGGGCUUUUGCACUCCUCAAGGCGACAGCGUCACCUAGCGUCGAGCUCAUUCAGUGCGGCUUGUUGCUGUCCAUCUACGAGCACGGCCACGGUGAUACGAGGAGGGGAUACGCCACCCUCUCUGAGGCUGUGGCCAUGUCUCGCAUGCUAGGUAUCGGCCCCGGCGAGUACGAACAGAUUGCCGACGAGCUGCCCAUCAGCCCCCGAGGAGCAGCUGAGAGUCCUGUACUGGGCUAUGUUUGUCUGGGAUAA